AUGACUUUUUUACAACCAAAGUCAUUACCAACUACUCCUUCAAUUAAUAUAAAAGAAAUGAAUCAAUCUACCAAUAACACUAGUACACAAGAUUAUUUUUCACUAAAACCAAAAUUAUCAUUAGAUAUGUCAACAUCAUCAAAAUCUUCAUACCAUUCAGAUCAUUCAGAGAAUGAAGAAGAUGAAGAUGAUGUAGAAGAUUUAGAAUCUACUGAAUUUGAUGAAACAAAAACUGAAAAUAUAGAUAAUAUAAUAGAUUCUUUUAAUCAAAUAUCAAUAAUAAAUCAUCAAGAUCAUAUAAAACAUCAACAUGAAUUAAAUAAUAACUCACAGAAUGAAGAAAUUUUCUAUUCACCAAUUACACCAUUUGAAACUUUAGAACAAGAAGAUCCAAACAACAUCAAACAACAUCAACCAAAUUUACCAUCAAAAUAUAUGAAUUUAAGUUUAUCAAAUAUUAUACCUAUACCAAAACAAUUAAAAUCAAGAUCAAGAUCUAGCUCACCACAAUUAUCAACCCCACCUUCACCAACAAACACCAAUAAUAAUACCUCCACAAACUCCACCUCACCUACUAAAUUCAAAUUAAAUUUCCCCAAUUUAUCAACCUACAACUUCCUAAUAGUUGAUGAUAAUAUAAUAAAUUUAAAAAUUUUAAAUAGAAUUUUAUCAAAAAUUUAUCCAAAAUCAAAUAUAACUCAAAUUCAAGAUUCAACUAAAAUUCCACAAUUGUUAGAAGAUAAUUUAUAUGAUUCAAUUUUCAUAGAUAUUGAAAUGCCCAAACUUAAUGGUUUUCAAAUUGCCAAAAUAAUAAGAAAUUAUAAAAAAUUUAAUAAAACAAGUUUAAUUGCAGUAACUACAAGAAAUUCACCACAAGAUCUCCUAGUUUUUCAAAAUUUAGGUAUUGAUUAUACUUUUAAUAAACCAUUAAAUUAUAAAUUAGAAUUUAUGAGUAAUAUUAUAGAUAAUUUAAUGAAAUUUAGACAAAAAAAUGAUAUAAAUAAUAUUAAUAAUUAUUUUCAAACAAGUGGUGGUAAUGAUUCAACUAAAAGUUCAAUUAGUUCAAUUAGUUCAAAUUCUACAAUUACUCAAUCUGAUUUAAUGAGUAAUAUAUCUUCAUCAUCUUCAAGUUCUUUGAUAACUUGUAGUUGUACUAAAUAA